GGCAACAAAACACACAGAACGUAAAAGAUACUCAGGAGCAUAAUUUGUAUAUAUCCCUUGGUAAAUAAUGUCGUUUUUGUUUUCGUUUCAGCCCCGUUUCGGACCUAAGCCUUAGAGAGGUGACAAAUGACUUCGUGGAUCUCUUUGGGGAAAUGUUCCCGCUACGGUAAAUCAACGCUGCAGGAAUCUCCAGCUUUUGCUGAGCUUGUCUCCAGGGUGGCCCCUGUCUAUGACGACAAAGACCAGAAGUCACAUACGUCUAUGACCACCGAGACUCAUUCUCAGGCUCUUCGAGUCGAGAUUUUUUUUUGCGGGCUUGCUAUGUUACCUUUUUUGGAAGGCAUGUUAAUGUCAUUGAGGCGACGUACAAGUAACUAAGUACAUUUAUAAGAGAUAUAUAAUAUAUCUGGUGUAUUUGCAGUCAGUAGGUACCCAAGCUAUAUUAUAAGCCCCAAAAAUUAUUGAAAACAUUGUAUCAUAUAUCAUACUCAUUAGUAAUAUGCAUUCAUUCCUAAUUUGCAUAAUCCAUAUCUGAUUGUAUACAUCUGUGUGUAACAUACCUGUAUGCCGAAUAUCAUGGACUUCCGUUUUUUCUGUGUUCAGUUACUCAGAUAUUAAACUUCCUCUGCAGCUCCAGGGCAAGCUGCUUGUAACCUUUGUCUUCGCAAAACCUAUCCAUAUAUAAUCACAAUCCACUCAAAGGUUCUUAAGUUUUGCUGGCUACAAAUAUCCAGAAAACAGCUACACCCCUCUCGGUGAAUAGUACAUGUAUACUACAAUUAGCCACCUGGGGGAAUGUGGGCCCUUGUUGCCUACAUGGGCAACAGAAUCUGACCAGGCCUAGCCAAGCAGAUGUCGGUGGGACCAAACUGCCUCCACGGCAUGCUGCUAGGGAGGGGGGAUGCAAAGUUACACCGACUCCACCUUACACCAAAAAAUCACAAGCACAGAAUAUGUCCAGGGCCAAAUACACUAAAACAAAAAAGGGCACCUUCAGUAUUAAGUUCCACCACCAGGAGGCCCAACUUCAAACCUAAUCGCCAGGACAACACCAGUUCACCAACCUAUAUGUACUAAACAUCACCGCAAGUUCGUUUCCUUCUGUAGAACUGGCACCGGAAGCGUUCCAUCUACUAACAAGAGGCCACCUGCAGAAUCAAGUUCAACCACCAGGAGGCCAAAAAUCUGGUCUGACCAUCGGGACAACUACACCAACCCAUGUACCUGGGUUUGCUUAAUGAGCUGAGAAGGAUCUUGUGAAGGACACUGUGGCGUGAUGUAAAGCUAGUGUCUGGGAAAAUCGUCCAGGAACCUACCAUGGCUACGAGUUUGGAAGGUGGACAAUCACAAAGGCUUUCAAUUCUUUGCUUUAUUUGGUAGCAAAAGUCUCCGUUUAUGUGCAGGUAUUUUAAUAACCCAGCCACAUGAUAGUUAAAACGGCUAACAAAGUCCUCAACUGGUAUAGCUUCAUGCUCAAAGAGGAAGGGAAAAAAUGACUCGCCAACUUUUCAGAAUGGACUAUUCUAGAUAAGGAUAUGGGUUGUUAUUUGCAUACGAGGCGCAUGCACACCUGGGUUACACAAAGGAGAUACAGUUAUGUCGAUCAUGAGUGUUCUGCUGGCCCUCACCUGGCCAUGGAGCCUCCAGGCGUUGCUAGUUGGCGUUGUGGUCAUCAUCACGACGGUGCUGUGUAAGCGGUCUUCAAUACCCGGCUUGCCGCCCGGACCGAGAGGACUUCCGCUGGUGGGGAACCUGUUCAGCAUGACUAAGGAUAUGCCUUUGGUUUUCCAAGAGUGGUCUAAGAAGUACGGAGACGUCUUCACCGUGUACAUGUUUCGCCAGCCAAGGGUUGUUCUGAAUGGCUUUAGGGCCAUCCGCGAGACUUUGGUGACGAACGCAGAUGUUUUCUCCAGCCGUCCUCCGACUUCUAUUCUAGGGCCAGACCAGAAUGCAAAAGGAUUGAUCCUUGAACCAUACACUCCUCGAUUUAAGGAGCAGAAGAAGUUCACCAUGUCCGCUCUCCGGGACUUCGGUGUUGGCAAGAGGAGCAUGGAAGGGAAGAUUCUAGAAGAGGUACGAGCCCUCAUCGAUGUCAUCACAAAGACAGAAAACCAGGCCUUUUCCAUCUCUAGGCUGUUGAAGAAUACAACUUCCAAUGUCAUCUGCUCACUCGUCUUCGGUUCUCGCUACGAGUACGAUGAUGUCAAGGGUAACGAACUUCUACUGAUGAUCGAGCAAACGUUCUCUACUAAGGCCUUUGAUUUGCUGCCAAUCGCCUUUCCAGCGGCUCGUAUGAUUCCUAGUUUAAAGAAGGCAACAGAACGGUAUCAAAACAACCAACGCAAGAUUCUGCAGCACAUCCGGGAGGAGAUAGCAAAACACAAGGAAACGUUUGACCGGAAUGACAUCAGGGACUUUUUAGACGCAUUCCUUCUAGAAGCUACAAAGCGAGAGGGAGACCAGAAUUCGACCUUCACCGAAGAGCAACUUGUUUCGCUCGUCCGCCAACUGUUCUUGGCAGGUAGUGACACAACAGCAAACACCUUGCACUGGGCCGUACUGUUCAUGAUUCUCCAUCCGGACAUCCAGCAGAAAGUACAUCAGGAGAUAGACAGCGUGGUAGGACCGAACCAGGACCCCUCCAUGGAACAUCGCAGCAAGAUGCCCUAUACAGAGGCCACCUUGAGUGAAAUAAGCAGGAUGGCAGCAACGGUUCCAAUGGCACCUCGACACUUUACCACCAGUGAUAUAUUCCUCAGGGGUUACCACAUUCCCAAGGCUACACGAGUGGAGGUAAACAUCUGGUCGGUGCUGCGCGACCCACAGCUCUGGCCCGAGCCGUACAAGUUUGACCCGACACGCUUUCUUGACGGGUCCGGGAAGUUUGUUAGGAGGGAGGAACUGAUCCUGUUUUCUAUGGGUCGUCGCCUCUGUCCUGGUGAACGGCUAGCCAAGGUGGAGCUGUUCCUGAUCUUCACCUCCCUGUUACAGCGCUUCACCUUCAAACCGCCAGAGGGCAGCCGCAUGCCGUCUGCCGAUGGGGUCUUUUCAGUUGUACAUUCCCCGGCACCAUUUCAAAUGGUCGCUGAACCAAGGAAGAAAAAAUGAGUCUCAUUGUUUUAGACUUAUUCAUAAAUAUGGCUGUAAUUAUAAUUUGAGAAGGCGAUAGAUAAGCUUAUUAUUAUAAUGUUACGCCGGUAUCACUGGUAUAGUAAUACGAGAAAUACAAAUGGUUAUUUAGCAAACGCGCACAACGCAACCAUCAUAUUUCAGAUGUCCUUCACUUCGAUCUUAGCACAUCAAUAUUAACUAAAUCAAUCGCGUUGGUAACAUAUGCUACUUU